AUGCAUCUCAACACCACCUACCUCACUCAUGCUCACCUCCAAAAUCUGCUGAAAGAAAAGAUGGUCCUCAUCGUCGGCACCGAUCUGGACAUUGCAACAGUCGUGGCCGUGGCUAAAUUCGGCUGCAGACCUUUCAUCGACAAAACCCGGGAUCUCAUGCGCGUUGUGGAAGAGAGUCAGGCAGUUCUGCAAGAUCAUUUAGUGCGUGGAAGCCAAAUUUAUGGUAUAUCUGUCGCCAUUGCCAGUUUAGGAUACAUGCUGACUUGGGAAUUCGGAGGUGUCAACACGGGCUUUGGAGGAAAUGCAGAUAUUCGCACCGACGACGUGCUUGGUCUUCAGCAGGCCCUGAUUCAACAUCAAAACUCGGCCAUCCUUACCACAAGAGACCUGGAAGCAGCACCCGACGGCCAUGGAGAGAUGCAUCCACAUUCCAUGCCCACCAGCUGGGUCAAGGGUGCGAUGCUAGUGCGAUGCAAUACAAACGUCCGGGGCCACUCUGCCAUCAGUUGGCGGGUGGUCAACAGACUCACUGAAUUCCUUCAAAGAGAUUUGACCCCGAUCGUCCCGCUGAGAGGGUCUAUUUCGGCGUCUGGCGAUCUCAUGCCUCUCUCAUACAUUGCCGGAAUGUUGCAGGGAAACCCGGACAUACAUGUGAGAAUGGGUCGAGGGUCUGAAGUCAGGGUGAUAAAUUCAGAACAAGCCCUGAAAGAGUUACGGAACAUUCAGGUCCGAGCGGGACAAUCUGUUGACAUGGACGGAGAGGCUGACUUCUCGCCGAUUGUAUUGGGCCCGAAAGAAGGGUUGGCCUUGGUCAACGGCACUGCGCCAUCUGCCACCGUUGCAGCUUUGGCGUUGUGGGAGGCCAACCAGCUUGCGGUCCUGUCGCAGUUGAUCACCUGUCUUACAUCGGAAGUGUUGGGUGCCAACGCGGAAUGGACGCAUCCUUUCAUCGCCGCAAUUCGUCCUCAUCCUGGUCAAAUCGAGGUGGCUCAGAACCUCCGAACAUUCUUCCAUGGCUCCAAACUCGUCACUGGGCUCGAGGAGGGACCGACUGAACGAACCAGGACAGGCAUGGUGCAAGAUCGGUAUUCUGUGAGGAGCUCGCCUCAAUGGAUCGGUCCGGCGAUCGAGGACCUGUUGGCUGCGACAAAGCAGUUGACGACCGAACUCAAUUCCACCACCGAUAACCCUGUUGUCAACGUUCAAAACCAUCAAGUCCUCUGUGGAGCAAACUUCCAGGCCACUUCGGUCACCAUGGUAGCGGAGAAAACGAGGCUCUGUUUGCAACUGAUUGGCAAGAUGCUCUUCUCCCAAACCAGUGAAAUGAUCAACCCGACCCUCAACAAUGGCCUCCCGCCCAAUCUUGCUCCAGACGACCCAAGCCGGUCAUACUGUCUCAAAGGGGUCGACAUCAACAUGGCCGCAUAUCAGUCCGAACUCGCAUUCCUCGCCAACCCAAUCAGCUCACACGUCCAAUCUGCAGAGAUGCAUAAUCAAGCCAUCAAUUCCCUUGCUCUGGUCUCAGCCCGAUAUGCCAUGCAGAGCGUUGAGAUUGUGUCCAUGAUGACUGCAUCAGCCAUCUACGUGGGUCUUCAAGGAGUCGACCUUCGAGUCAUGCACAGAUCAUUCUUGGGAGAUGUCAAACCCACGGUCGAAUCCCUCCUCCGACAGCUCUUUCCAUCCAAAACACCAGAUCAUACCCUCGUCGACUUAAACGCAAGAGUGUGGGAGCAAGUCUGCAGUGCCUGGUACGCUAACGCCAGCAACGACGCCGGCGUGCGUUGCGAGAAUGUGGCAAAGGCGACGGUCGACACUUUUGUACAAGGGCUCAGUCGCUGCUAUGGUCCGCACGGUGAAGUAGAUUAUGCUUUGCUCAUCACCGCCUGGAAGCAAACACUGGAGAGUAAUAUGCUCGACGCGUUCAGGCUGUCCCGAAACACUUUCUGCGAGCACCCAACCACCGCCUCCUAUCUCGGCCGCACCACCAAGACUUUAUACAAUUUCGUACGAGGGGAGCUCGGUGUGCCGUUCUACCGCGGGCGAGCAGAUGAUCCGGGGAACCAUGACGCAGUUGGCCUUCGACAAAAGAGGACCAUUGGGUCCUGGAUCUCGAUCAUCUACGAAGCCCUUCGAAGCGGCAAGUUGGGUGAUGAGAUCUUGGACUCGGUGCGAGCAUUCACCGACCCGUCGACGGUCUGA